CAGAUCCGCGCCACCUUUUCCUGCGACCCGCCCGGGGCCCAGCUGACGGGACGCGUUGUUUACGGGCCCGAGCAGCCCUGGCUCCCGCCGCCCGCCCGCCACCCGCCAGCCGCCAGCCCAGGUGCCCGGCCGCCCGUCAGCGCGUCCGUCCGCCCGCGCGUCCGUCUGUCCGGGAGUCCGCAAAUCGCGCCCCAGAGCGCGCACCGCUGAGAGCCGGGAGGCCGGGGCGCAGAGCGGAGCUCCGGCCCCUGAGAUCUCCGGACAGGGCCCGGGCCGCAGCGGCCGGGGAUCGGGGCCGCCACCGCCGGGCCUAGGCUCGGUAUCUGCAGCGGCAGAGGCCGCGCGCCCCUCCCGGGGCUGUCUCCAGGGUCCUCCCGGGCGGGGACUGCAGCCGGCGGGCCGCGGGCGUGGAAGAGAAGGACGCGCGUCGCCCAGCGCCUCUCGGGUGGCCGCCUCGGAGCAUGACCCCCGCGGGCGGGCGCCACGCGCUCUGAUCCGCGGGGACCCCGCGCUCCCAGGGCCAUGGGCGCCGGGGGCCGGUGGGGGGCGGCGGCCGCGCCGCUGCUGGUGGCCGUGGCCGCGCUGCUGGUGGGCGCCGCGGGCCACCUGUACCCCGGAGAGGUGUGCCCCGGCAUGGACAUCCGGAACAACCUCACCAGGCUGCACGAGCUGGAGAACUGCUCGGUCAUUGAGGGCCACCUGCAGAUACUCUUGAUGUUCAAGACGAGGCCCGAGGAUUUCCGAGACCUCAGUUUCCCCAAACUCAUCAUGAUCACCGAUUACUUGCUGCUCUUCCGGGUCUACGGGUUGGAGAGCCUCAGGGGUAUCAUGACUUCCGUCUGUGCCCAGCUCAGCUAG